CUCUUUUCACUACACAAACUAAAUUUGAAGUAUUUUAGUCGUAGUCCUCGUUCGUGAAAGAAUACCGGCGUGGAAAUGGGCAGAAGAGCAUAUCUUUUAGGCCUUUUGGGUCUCUUAUUUAUUAGCACUUUAUGUUUUGCUGAAGAAGCAAAGCCAGAAGAAACAAAAGRACMAGAAGAUGCCCCAAAAGUAGAAGAAGAUAUCGGCAAGAGCAGAGAUGCAUCAAAAACAGACGAUGAGGCUGUUCAGCGAGAAGAAGAAGCCAUUAAACUAGAUGGUCUGAAUGUUGCUCAGAUGAAGGAGAUCAGAGAAAARGCUGAGAAGCAUGAAUUCCAGGCUGAAGUUAGCCGUAUGAUGAAGCUUAUUAUUAACUCAUUGUAUAGAAAUAAAGAAAUUUUCCUCAGAGAACUCAUCUCCAACGCAUCUGAUGCUCUGGACAAGAUCCGCCUUCUGUCYCUSACWGACAAAGAYGCUCUUGCUGCCACAGAGGAGAUGUCAAUCAAGAUCAAAGCCGACAAGGAAAACAACAUUCUCCACGUCACAGAUACUGGUAUUGGAAUGACCAAAGAUGACCUUGUGAARAACCUUGGAACCAUCGCCAAAUCUGGCACAAGUGAGUUCUUCCAAAAGAUCCAGGAUGCUGCGUCAGCUGAACAAACAAGUGAUCUGAUUGGUCAAUUUGGUGUUGGUUUCUACUCAUCAUUCUUGGUUGCYGACCGUGUGAUUGUAACUAGUAAACAUAACGAUGAUAAGCAGUAUAUCUGGGAAUCUGAUGCAGCCUCGUUUGCCAUCACUGAAGAUCCUCGUGGUAAUACUCUGAAGAGAGGAACCACCAUCAGCCUCCAUUUGAAGGAAGAAGCYAGAGACUAUCUUGAGCCUGACACCAUCCGUCAACUUGUSAAGAAGUACAGUCAGUUCAUCAACUUCCCUAUCUACCUCUGGACCAGCAAGGUUGAGACAGUUGAAGAGCCAAUUGAGGAAGAACCAGCCAAGGACGAGAARAAAGAUGAAGCAGCUGAAGAYAAAAAAGAAGAUGAAAAGAAAGACGACGAAAAGAAGGAUGACGAGAAGAAAGAUGAUGAAGAAACAAAAGAUGACAAGAAAGAUGAAGAAAAGAAAGACAAAGAUGACGAUGUUGAAGUCGAGGAAGACAGUGAAGACAAGGAUAAGAAAAAGACCAAAACAGUUGAGAAGACAGUAUGGGACUGGGAACAACUCAACACUAACAAACCAAUCUGGACACGAAAACCCAAAGACGUCUCAGAUGACGAAUACAAAGAAUUCUACAAAUCAUUCACAAAGGAAUCAGACGACCCACUUGCACACACUCACUUCGUUGCCGAGGGAGAAGUCACCUUCAGGUCUAUCCUGUACGUCCCCAAAUCUGCUCCCGGUGGCAUGUUCUCUGAUUAUGGCAAGAAGAUGGACGCAAUCAAACUGUUUGUCCGCCGUGUAUUCAUCACAGAUAACUUUGAAGAGAUGAUGCCUAAAUACUUGAACUUCAUCCGUGGUAUUGUGGACUCUGACGACUUGCCAUUGAAUGUAUCCCGUGAACAACUUCAGCAGCACAAGCUAUUGAAGGUCAUUAAGAAGAAGCUUGUAAGAAAGGCCUUGGACAUGAUCAAGAAGAUCCCAAAAGAUCAAUACAUUGAAAAAUUCUGGAAGGAAUACAGCACCAACGUCAAACUAGGAGUCAUUGAAGACCACUCCAACAGAACCCGUCUUGCCAAACUUCUUCGUUUCUAUUCAUCCAACUCUGAGAAAGACUUCACCAGCCUUGCUGAGUAUGUAGAGAGAAUGAAGGAAAAACAAGAAGCUAUUUACUUUAUGGCAGGUCACUCUCGUAAAGAGGUUGAAUCAUCACCUUUUGUUGAAGCUCUUCUCAAAAAGGGCUACGAAGUCCUGUACCUCAUUGAACCUGUAGAUGAAUACUGCAUGCAAAGCCUUCCAGAAUUCGAAGGCAAGAAAUUCCAAAAUGUUGCCAAAGAAGGAUUGAAGGUCGGAGAGGAAAACGACAAGAAGAAGAAGAAGAAGGAAGAGAUGGAGAAGACUUAUGAACCUCUGCUCAAAUGGUURAAGGAGGAUGCUCUUAAAGACUUGAUUGAGAAGGCCACCAUCUCUGAGAGAUUGGAGGGAUCACCAUGYGCCUURGUUGCCAGCUCUUACGGAUGGUCUGGUAACAUGGAAAGAAUCAUGAGAGCUCAAGCUUAUGCCAAGACUGAGGACCCUAGCAACCAAUACUAUGCUACCCAAAAGAAGACCCUUGAAGUCAACCCACGACAUCCCCUGAUCAAAGAGCUCCUUAAGAGAGUGGAAGCUAACAAGGAAGACAAGACAGCCAAAGAUCUAUCACGUGUUCUACUAGAGACUGCAACACUUCGAUCAGGAUACUUAGUCAAGGACUCUGCAGAUUUUGCUCAAAGAAUAGAACGCAUGCUUCGUCUUAGUAUGAACGUUGACCUUGAAGCAAAGGUUGAKCCUGAUGAGGAAGAAGGAGAAGAAGAGAAGGAAGAGAAAGAUGAGGAAGUGAAUGCUGACAGCGAAGACAAAGAAACCAAAGAGGAAGAGAAACCUGCUGAAGAAGAAAAAGAACCUAAGGAAGAAACGAAGGAARAAACAAAGACAGAUGCUAAAGAGGAUGAAGUUGAGGAUGAGAAGAAAGAAGCCCCAGCAGAACCAAAAGAAGAGCUCUAAAUAAAAAGCUUGAAAAGCAAUCUCCCAUAUAUAGCCCCAUGGGGUCCCCMUUAGGUUUAGUUGUUUUCCAAUUGCUGAUUUGUACAGURAGGCUUCAGCUCUUCUAYCAGAUACUUUAUUUAUGAAUUCGACUUUGUUUAGGAAUAUUAUAAAAUUGCACUUUUUAUGCUGUGGUUUGUAAUWCUGAGAGUUUUCUAGCCUUAAURCACUGUGCUGUCAAUCAGGAGGUUUUCUAAUGUCGAUUGCUGUUCUAGUGAACACAACUAAUGAAAAAUUAAUAAAAAUUUCUAUUAAAAUUAUUUUA